GUGUAAAAUUUCCAAGAAAGAAAUGGUUGAAAGCCAUAGCAGCUAUUUGUCAAUAGGUACUGUUACUCUCUUUUUUUGUUGGUAAGGCAUGUUACUUGUUUUUGGAAUUUGAACAGAGGGUUUGUAUUUUGUGGCCGAAGUUUGACAAAAUAUUCGAGCUAUGGAAGUGUAUAAUCUCUUCUUUUGAUUGGAAGGAAAUAAACUGAACGCGAAAGUUGUACCUGAAGCAUUGUUUUCUUCUGCAAUUCCAACUCAAACUAUCAGUUUCUGCUGCUAUACAAGAGUGUUGAAAAUGGUGAACAGCAAAGAAAGGCAGCCUCUUCUGGGAAGUUUUAUGGGAGAUGUUGAUGAAACAAGCAUACCCACAUGUCUCGUUUCAAGUGAAAAAGACAAGAAGUCUUUGAAUAAGUGGAAAUAUUUUGCUGAGAAAGCGUGGGAGAUGGGUUGGUCUGAUCCUCGGAAGGUCAUAUUUGCAAUCAAAAUGGGACUGGCACUGUCAAUAGUAUAUUUUCUCAUUUUCAGCAAAGCAAACAGGGAUAUCUCUCAGUACUCUGUCUGGGCAAUACUAAUAGUCAUUCUUAUGUUCGAAUACACCAUAGGAGUAACGUUUAUAAAAAGCUUUAAUCAGCUAUUGGGUACUCUAUGUGCUGGAAUACUUGCUUUUGGGUUCGCUGAGCUUUCUUUGAUGGUCGGUAAAAGGGAAGAAAUUGUAAUUCUUUGCGGUAUUUUCAUUACAGGAUUAUUUGCAUCACAUUUGAAGCUUUACCCGACCAUGAAGCCUUACGAAUAUGGAUUUCGAGUAUUCGUGUUAACUUACUGCAUCCUUAUGGUAGCUGGGAACAGAACUAGUGAGUCCACUGAGAGAAUUGUAACUAGACUGGUGCCAAUUGCACUUGGUGCUUGUGUGUGUUUGGUUGUAAAUGUGAGUGUAUACAUCAUUUGGUCAGGUAACGUGUUACACAGUUUAUUGGUGAAGCAACUUAAGGAUGUAGCAAGUUCAUUAGAAGGUUGUGUUAAUGGGUACUUGAAAUUUGUCGAAUAUGAGAAGUUUACCUCCAAGAAUCUAACUUGCCAAGCUCAUGAUGAUCCGCUUUACAAUGGCUACCGUUCAGUAGUGGACCCUACAAGCAAAGAAGAAGAUCUGUUAGGCUUUGCUAAUUGGGAACCAGCAUAUGGUCGUUUCAAGAUGUUUAAUUAUCCUUGGAGAAACUAUGUUGAAGUAUGUGAUGCAUUGAGGCACUGUGCGUUUAUUGUCAUGGCACUUCAUGGGUGCAUUCUCUCAGAAAUACAGGCCCCGGCAGCAACGCGGCAAGUGUUUCAAAGUGAGCUACAUAGAGUUGGAGCAGAGGCUGCUAAAGUCUUGCGAGAGCUCGGAUGCAAAGUAGAAAAAAUGGAAAAAUUAGGACCUGAAAAUGUACUAAAAGAGGUGCAUGAAGCAGCAGAGAAAUUACAGAGAAAGAUAGAUGAAAGGUCAUACCUGCUAACUGCAGGACAGCCUGUGGACCUGUAUGGCCCUGAUCAAAAUCUUCAUACUGCAAGAGAGAGUGAAGAUAAUGUGCAAAUGGGACUCAAGUCCUCAAGUGAAACUGUGCUCGACUUAAGGCAAGUUGCUGCUUUGACACCUUCAUCGCCUACAACAUAUUCCUCAAGCAAUUUGUUCAAGAAACAAGUACCAAGGCCUUCGACUCUUGCUUCAAAUGCGAGCGGAGGUGAGUGCAGAAUAUAUGAAAGUGCAAGUGCCUUAUCUCUAGCAACAUUCGUUUCGCUUUUGAUUGAAUGUGUUGCAAGGCUUCAAAGUCUUGUUGAAGCCUUCCAAGAACUAAGUGAGAAAGCAGGAUUUUUGGAGCCUAAUCUAGUCUCUGCAAUUGACAAAAGGAAGACCAGAUUUAGAUGCUUUAGGUUCUCAAAGUGAGAUGUGGAUUUUGCUUAGCAGACUUAUCAUGAAUCGUUCGUAAUAAAGAUAAUGUUGUAGACUCAACCUUGGCACCUACCCUUUAUUCCUCAUCGCUUAGGACUCUGCACAUCCAAGGCUUCUUUCCACGAUAGAUAUAAGCCUAGUUUGACAGAGAAGUGCAUAAAACUAAAGUUCUUCCUUCCAUAAUCGUUGCAUUUCUUAUUUCUCCCAUUUAAAUAUAAUGAAAGUUGGCUUUUACUUUCUGGAAA